GAAUAGUUAUUGAUUGCUGUGCAAAAAAGUGUUACAUCAGCUCUAUAUAUACUCAGGCACAAUUAGACAGACUGAUAUCUGAAAGUAGGCUCCAGAAGUAGCUUUUGGUGUUAUCUUGAUCCUAUGAUGAGCAGCAUAACUAAAAUUUUUUCUUUUCUCAUCUUACUUGUAUUCUAUAUUACACUCAUUAAAGCGUCAGAAACAUUUGCUGUGUCUGAAGAAGAUGACAGCAAGAUACUAAAUUUACCAGGUCAACCAUCAAACCCACCAAUAUCACAGUACUCAGGUUACAUCACUGUCAACCAAAAUAAUGGCAGGGCCCUUUUUUACUGGUUCUUUGAAGCUCUUUCCCAGCUCUCUGAUAAACCUCUCCUACUCUGGCUCAAUGGAGGACCUGGUUGCUCAUCAGUAGGAUAUGGCGCUCUUGUGGAAUUAGGUCCUCUUAAAGUUGAUGAAAAUGGUGUUGGUUUGCUCUUCAAUAACUUUUCUUGGAUUACAGAAGCAAAUUUGCUCUUCGUGGAGUCUCCUGUCGGAGUAGGGUUCUCUUAUACCAACACAUCCUCUGAUCUCACCAAAUUGGAUGAUAAAUUUGUAGCUGAGGAUGCAUACAUUUUCUUGGUAAAUUGGUUGGGAAAAUACCCACAGUUCAAGAACCGAGAUUUCUUCCUAGCCGGAGAAAGUUAUGCAGGUCACUAUGUCCCUCAACUAGCAGAGCUUAUCUUUGACAGGAAUAAGGAUCAGACUAAGUACCUGAAGAUUAAUCUCAAAGGUUUCCUGGUAGGGAACCCUGAAACUGAUGAUUUUUAUGACUCAAAGGGUCUGUUAGAAUAUGCUUGGAGUCACACUGUAAUAACUGAUGAUAUGUAUAAUAAGACUAAAGAAGUGUGUGAUUUCAAGACCUUAUAUUGGCCGAAGGAAUGUGUGACUGCCAUGAAUUUGGUUUAUGGAAAAUACAAAGAAAUCGACUUUUACAACAUAUAUGCUCCAAUUUGUCUUUCGAACAGCACUUCAUCACAAGCUUAUUAUACUAAUAAGGAGGAAAAUUACGGAUUGAGGAGGCCAAGAAUAUAUUCAGGGGGGUAUGACCCUUGCUAUUCAAAUUAUGCAGAAACAUACUUCAACAGGGCAGAUGUACAAGCAUCGCUUCGUGCAAAUGUUAAUAGAGGGACUUCAAAUACUAGUGUCAAGUGGAAUGUUUGCAAUGACAACAUUCUGAAUACAUACAAUGCUACAGUUCAAUCUGUCCUGCCGAUCUACAAGAAGCUGAUACAAGGUGGUCUCAAGAUCUGGGUUUACAGUGGAGAUGUGGAUGGUAGAGUCCCGGUGAUUGGAACUAGGUACUGGGUUGAGUCACUUGGGUUGCCAAUAAAGACACCUUGGCGUUCCUGGUACCAUCAACAUCAGGUAGGAGGAAGAUUAGUGGAGUACGAAGGUUUAACGUUGGUGACUGUUCGAGGGGCAGGUCAUCUGGUACCUCUGAAUAAGCCUAGUGAAGCACUUGCUCUGAUUCACUCUUUUUUAACAGGAGAAGAUCUUCUGGCAAAAAGAUGAACUUAGGGUGUUUUAUGUUUAUCAAUUGUUAAUUUGUUAUGUCUAUAGAAGGCGUAAAAUAAAACAAAUAGCAAUAAGGAACUCGUAUAUUUUCUUUCAAAAAAAAAAAAAAAAAAAAAAGGAACUCAUAUAUUUUGUUACACAAUUGUUGUUACGUACACUUUUUUUGGAAUCGCUUAUAAAUGCUGGUCAUAUUUAUCUCGA